UAUAGCCCAAAAUUCUGAGAGUAUAUGAGAGUAUAUGAAAUUAUUGGUAAAGAAGCAAAGUUGCAAAUGCAGACUUGAAAAACCAUGUCUCAAUCGGAAGACGUGAAAAUUCAAAUUCAGAAAAUUUUGAUAAGCAUUAACGAUAUCACCGAAAAAAUAAAGCAAGAAAUGGGAAUGAUAAAUGAAAUGGUGAAAGCUAAAGGACACCUAACACUCACAAUUGAUGAAGCGAAUGAUAUGUUAGCCAAAAUCGCCAAGAAACGAGUAAGCAAUCCUACUGGUCAACUUCUGGAUACACAAUAUAUACAUGAUGAAUUUGACAGUCUCAAUGCAUUCGAUCCCAUUACAAUGGAUUUGAUUACACAGAAACUUAUGGCAAUUAUGGAUACGUAGGGGAAUCCCUUUUUUUUUUGUUAUUUUAAAAAAUAAGGAUAUA